UUGUUGUUGCUAAUAACUUUGGACAGAGAUGGAAUUUUCAUCAUUGCAUUGGCGCAAUGGACGGAAAACAUAUCCGAAUAGAUGUCCCUUUUAAAUCCGAAUCAGUUUACAAUUAUAAAGAUUUUUACAGCCCUGUCAGGGAACAUAUUUGUCGCACUGUGUAUAUUGAUAUAGGCACUAAUGGGAGAAUGAGUGAUUCUUCUAUAUGGAAUAAAUGCAGUCUCAAAUCUCACUUAAAUAGCAAUAAUCUUUCUUUGCCUCAACUAUCUCCACUACCAGGAUGA